AUGAGCAGCAAAUGUGACGUGGUCGUGGUAGGGGGCGGCAUUUCAGGUAUGGCAGCAGCGAAACUUCUGCAUGAUUCUGGCCUGAAUGUAGUUGUUCUGGAAGCCCGGGACCGUGUGGGAGGCAGGACUUAUACCAUUCGGAACCAAAUGGUUAAAUACGUGGACCUUGGAGGAUCCUAUGUUGGGCCAACCCAGAAUCGUAUUUUAAGAUUAGCCAAGGAGCUAGGAUUAGAGACCUACAAAGUGAAUGAAGUGGAGUGUCUGAUCCACCACACAAAGGGAAAAUCAUACAAAUUCAAGGGCCCAUUCCCACCUAUGUGGAAUCCAAUUACCUUCCUAGAUCAUAACAACCUUUGGCGGACAAUUGAUGACAUGGGACAAGAGAUUCCCAGUGAUGCCCCAUGGAAGGCACCCCUUGCAGAAGAAUGGGACCACAUGACCAUGAAGGAGCUGAUAGACAAGAUCUGCUGGACUGGAUCUGCAAAGAAGUUCGCUACUCUCUUUGUGAACCUGUGUGUCACUGCAGAGACUCAUGAGGUCUCUGCUCUGUGGUUCCUAUGGUAUGUGAAGCAGUGUGGAGGCACAACCAGAAUCAUCUCAACAACCAAUGGAGGGCAGGAGAGAAAAUUUGUGGGUGGAUCCGGUCAAGUGUGUGAGCGGAUAAUGAAUCUCCUUGGGGAUCAAGUGAAGCUGGAGAGGGCUGUGACUCACAUUGACCAGACAGGAGAAAAUAUCCUUGUGGAGACCCUAAAUCAUGAGGUGUAUGAGGCUAAAUAUGUGAUUAGUGCUAUUCCUCCUAUUCUGGGCAUGAAGAUUCAUUUCAAUCCUCCUCUGCCAAUGAUGAGAAACCAGCUAAUCACUCGUGUGCCUUUGGGUUCAGUCAUCAAGUGUAUCGUUUAUUAUAAAGAGCCCUUUUGGAGGAAAAAGAAUUAUUGUGGGACCAUGAUUAUUGAAGGAGAGGAAGCUCCAGUUGCCUACACAUUGGAUGAUACCAAACCUGAUGGCAACUAUGCUGCCAUAAUGGGAUUUAUCCUUUCCCACAAAACCCUAAAACUGGCACGUCUUAGCAAAGAAGAAAGGUUGAACAAACUUUGUGAGCUCUAUGCAAAAGUUCUGGGAUCCCAAGAAGCUUUGAAGCCGGUGCACUAUGAAGAGAAGAACUGGUGUGAGGAUCAGUACUCAGGAGGCUGCUACACAACCUACUUCCCCCCGGGGAUCAUGACUCAAUAUGGAAGGGUACUCCGCCAGCCGGUGGGCAGGAUUUAUUUUGCAGGCACAGAGACUGCUACACACUGGAGUGGUUACAUGGAGGGGGCAGUGGAGGCUGGAGAGAGAGCAGCCCGAGAGAUCCUGCAUGCCAUGAGGAAGAUUCCAGAGGAUGAAAUCUGGCAGUCUGAACCAGAGUCUGUGGAUGUUCCUGCGCAGCCCAUUAACACGACCUUCUUGGAGAGACAUCUGCCCUCCGUGCCAGGCCUGCUGAGGCUGAUUGGGUUGACUACCAUCUUUUCAGCAACUGCUGUUUGCUUCCUGGCCCACAAAAGGGGGCUACUUGUGCGCGUCUAA